GACCCAUCUCUCACUGCUCUCUAAAGUCUAAACCUCCCUCACACCUUAUCUCUCUCUAUCGCCCUGCCAUGGCUUCUGCUUCCACCCAUCUAUUCAAGCCGCUAUCAAUGGCGGACGGCUGUCUAUCCUCUCCUUCAACCGUCUUCGCCACUAAAACCGCAUACCCCUGUAUCUCUCUCCCUGCAAAACCCAUAAAACACCUUCACCUCACUUGCCCAUCUGCUUCGCCAUUUCCUUCUUUGGUAUCUCUGAAGAAGAGAAUAUCUCCAUCUACUUUGAUCGCUCUUGUGGCCCAGACCUCUGACUGGGCUCAACAGGAGGAAAAAGGCAAAGUUGAGGAGGGGUUUUUCGAAGAGGGGACUGAAGCCCGUGUCUCGAAUUGGGAGGUUGAGGGCGCGGAAGAGGUCUCAGAAGGGGGCGAGGUCGAAGAUAGUGAAGUCAGCGCUGGAGAUGGGUUUUUCGAAAAGGGGGAAGAGGCUUUUCAAGAGCCACCUGAAGAGGCCAAGCUCUUUGUGGGAAAUUUACCUUAUGAUAUGGAUAGCGAGAAGUUAGCUCAGCUCUUUGACCAGGCUGGAAUUGUCGAGGUUGCCGAGGUAAUUUACAACCGGCAAACAGAUCAAAGUCGUGGCUUUGGAUUCGUCACAAUGAGUACCGUGGAAGAAGCGGAGAAAGCCGUGGAAAUGUUCCACCGCUACGAUGCAAGUGGCAGGCUUUUGACCGUGAACAAGGCUGCUCCAAGGGGGUCCCAGCCAGAGCGUCCCCCUCGAGUGUUUGAAACUUCAUUCAGGAUGUAUGUAGGAAACCUGCCGUGGCAAGUGGAUAAUGCUCGUCUAGAGCAGGUUUUUAGUGAACAUGGCAAGGUUGUGGAUGCCAGGGUUGUAUAUGACCGGGAAACUGGACGCUCACGUGGAUUUGGCUUUGUAACAAUGUCCUCACAAUCCGAGCUCGAUGAUGCCAUUGCUGCUCUUGAUGGACAGAGUUUGGAUGGGAGGGCCAUCAGAGUGAAUGUUGCAGAGGAAAGGCCAAGGCGUGGCGACUUCUGAUGUAGAGAGAUGUAUUCCCAAGGGCCUUUUUGAGUAUCUCAUGAAAUGUGGUAAGUUUUUCAAGGGGGGGCUGUUUUGGUGACCUAUUUGUUUUGCGUCAUUAUAUAGAUAGAUAGUAGUAGGGAAAUAUUUUUUGUUUUUAGGAAUUUGGAAUCCUUUCUUAACAAGCUCUUUCACUUGCUUUCAUUAUCUGUGUUUCUUUUGGUUUCUCC